AUGUUGGUGAGCCAGCUGGCCUGGCCACUCGCAUGGCUAGCUUUGGCUACCAUGACAGUGGCUGCAGGAUCAUCGACGGCAACUUCAACAACCUCCUCCUCGACCGGUAUCUCGACUCACACAAUUCAGGUGGGACCCAAGUCAAAUCCACAUCAAUUUGUUCCAACCGAUAUAACAGCCGAAGUGGGCGACAUUGUCGUCUUUGAAUUUUACCCGACAAACCAUUCUGUCGUAAACGCAGAUUACCUUGCUCCUUGUGUACCAGCAAGUGAAAACGUCUACUAUUCGGGAGCCUUCGAGAGUUUCAACGAACACAAUGGACAACUCGUUGGACCACCCUCAUUCUUCUAUUGCACUGCACUAGACUCAUGCAUUAAGAAUGGAAUGGUCGGAGUGAUCAAUCCGGUAGGACUCUCGGUUUCUCUCAAGCAUGGAUUCAGACUGACUGUCGAGCUGCAGAACAAAACCCAGACAUGGGAAACACAAUACGCAAGAGCUCUGAAAUACCCUUAUAUGCUAGUUCCAGGCCAGUCCAUGCCUGCCGAAGGCGGAGGUACCGGUUCCAGCGGUGACGACCAAAGCGGCGAUAAUAACUCUUCUGGUGGUAAGCAUGGUGGGCUAAGCACGGGGGCUAUUGCAGGUAUCGCCGUUGCAGCUGUGGUCUUUGUGGCCAUAUUGGUGGCAUUGUUCUUCGUUCUCGGCCGCAACCGCGUGUACUCGCAGUGGAUGUCCUCGGAAGAUGGGCGCACGGAACGAACCGCACGCUGGGCACUGUUCAACCAUGGCGAGUCACACGGCAACGGGAAAAGUGAAGCGGGGAGUACUGUCCCAACCCACAACUCAGCCCAUAUCGAUACCACUGCCGUCUCUAGUCCAGAUCCAAAUACGCGUACGCUUUCAUCUGGGGCGGAAGUUUCCUCUAGCACCGUUCCCACAUCAAUGCAGCAGGGUCACUGGAGCUGGAAUGAGCCUCCUCAACGUCCUCGUGCAAGCGCGAUGGCCACAGAGCUGGAGGGCCAUCCCAUCAUCUGGGAGGCACCAGGCAGCACUCCGGGGUAUCGGUUCUGA